UGCGAACGUGUCUUUAAAGACUGUUCUUCUUCUGACAGAUGCUACGUCCAGUCUCCUGGUUAUCCUGGAGUGUAUCCUCCAAAUCUCCAGUGUGAAUACCAUCUUAGCGUUCCAAAAGGCGUUAUUGGCUUGGAACUCCAGAAAUUUGACGUAGAUGGGCAAGGCUGUGACAGCCUCUUGUAUUGCUUCCCAAGACCCGUUACAACAACUGUAGAAGAGUGUCCUUUUGACUACGUCCGUAUUCAUGAUGGUCCAAGUGUUUCAUAUCCCGUGAUUGUCACCUUGUGUGGAAGAGGUCGCCUAAGGUCCAACAUAAUUGGGUCUAGUUCAGUAUUGCUUGUACGCUUCGUUUCUUCUCCAGUGGGUCCAUUACUGAACACAGGAUUUCAUUUUAAGGCUUAUGAGAUAUACGACAAUGAUAAUUCGGAACCACUGGAGCUAAAAAAUGGCAGCUGUCUUGUAGAAAAAUACCUGGAGGAAAGUGAUGGCCACCUUUUCUCUAGUCUUAGGUCAUGGUACCCCGAAAACACCACGUGCAUAUACAAGUUCAUAGUGGACGAGGACGAUAUUAUAGCUUUGGAAUUUUUAUGGUAUCGGGUCGAGAGGGUUACGUUAUGUGAAGACUCACUCAAAAUCUAUGACCAUCAUGAACAUGACCCCAGGUACAUUAUUGUUAAGCUCUGUGACAUGAAUCGACCACAAACUGAAGAAUCGCAGAGGGUUUACGAAAGCAGUGGUCCUGUGAUGUUCCUUGAAUUCAUUGGAAAAACGGGCUCUUUGGAGGGUUCUUCACUGAGUUAUAAAUUUCGGGUGAAAAGGCAAACAAAGGCCUCACAAAAUGGAAUUCUUUCAAAUCCUUCUUGUAAUCAGGUGUUUUCAGAUGAUUCCAAAAAAUCUGAUGUUAUUUCAGUUAGCAAAAAUGAUUUAUUGUCUAUUGAAGAAGGGGAUUCGAUUGUGUGUAAUUAUACGUUUAUAGCCAACAGCAUUUCACAAGGGAGAGUGAUCAUUAACAUACUUGGCUUUUUCAGAUCUGGCUGUGACAGCUGCCGAGGCAAUGAUUAUAGUUGGAUUUCGAUGCACUCCUUAUUACCGGAAGAAGACAGUUUCUGUUUCUGUGAAGUUGAGAAGCCUUCAACAUUCAGGCUAAUGUCUCUAGGACCUCGUCUUUUUCUUGUAGCACAUUUCACCAGACCUUCAAAACAACAGUUUUCCAGUUUGAUCGACAACGAGCCAUACUUACAGAUUGAGUAUGGAUUUGCUGGAGAAUCACGAUGUGGACCAGAGGUAUUGGAACUGGAACUUCAGGGCGAGAUUGACUUUCCUGCAUACAUGUCUGGGUCCAAGAAACCGGGUCUUCUUUACUGUCGAUGGUCAGUACCAGUGUUUCAUGGAAUGGACAUAUCUUUCAUUGUCCAAAACCUGUACCUUCCCGGUAACUGCAGCACCAAUUAUCUUUCAGUAGCCAGUGUUUAUUUCUGUGAAGAUAGUUCUGGAAGCAUGGAUCGUAGUCUUGUUAUUGAGAACGGGAAUGUUAAAGCAGGAAAAGCAAUCGUGGAAUUCCGUACCACAGACGCUUCCAAUAGUAGCUUCAACCUCGUCUACACCCAGUUGAAAAUGCUUCCCACAUCCUCGAGCUCUGAUUCCUUAGUGUCCUUGGGUAAAGAAUGUGAAUUUCUCUGUGCUCCAACUAUGGCGUGUCUAAAGAAAGAACUCGUAUGUAACGGUGUCCCCAACUGUCCAAUUCUUGAUUUUUAUGACACUGGGGGCGUGGCCUCUGAUGAAGCUAACAGUCUGUGCUAUGCUGAAAAAUUCACGUUUCCUUAUUACUGGUGGGUCAUAGGCGCUGCAGUAGUAAUAUGUAUAUGUGCUCUUUUCUGUUUUGUGAUUUCUCUUUGUCGAAGGUGGCAAACAGGAAGGAAAAGGCUUUAAAUCACAGUUCAUAUUUACGUUCAUUUAUCCGCCUCUUGAGCUGGAAGUGAAAUACGGUUGUGGUCGGUAUUAAAGUCUAAAUUACAGAGCUUUGUACCAAAAUAUUUCAUAUAAUUUUCUCCCUACAUCUUCAAAGAAAGUUCGUAUACCUACUAAUUUUGGGAUUCUUUUAUACUUAAUUUAUAGAAUCUAAUAAUACCUAACAAUGUCUGGCAAGCUAAUUUCGUUUCGGGCUCAUUGUGCUACUAUAUUAAGUGUAAAAAACCGACGUUGUUGUGUUUUUUACUCUUAAUUUCUGGUAAUCUAUUUUUUAUAUUCAAGUCACCUAUUGUUCCCCUUUCUUAGCUGCUACAUUCUACAAAGUUUGUAUUUAUCGCCCCCCAGUAGCACAGCGGUAUGUCUGCGGACUUACAACUCUAGAAUCUGGGUUUCGAUACUCGUGGUGGGCAGAGCACAGAUCGGUCCGGCAUGGCCAGG